CCUAUGUUUCCCUUUUUCUGGGUCUGUUGGCGGAAACUCGCAGGUUGCAAUUAGGAAAAGAACAGUAACACUGCGGUCGCAAAAGAGACUGAAACGCCGUCGUAGACAUCCCCGAGCUCUGAUUAUGGAAGAAAUAGUAAACCAACAAAAACACGAACAAGAAGAAGAAGAAGAAGAAGAAAUCGUUUGCUUAGACGCAUCGUUCUUCGUCGAUGACAAUUACCAGCUGACGAAAUUCACGUUUGGUUCGCAAGAGAUGCAACUCUUCUGUCUGCAUUCUGCUUCCACUGAUUUUGAUUUGACAGGGCAACUGGUGUGGCCUGGAGCCAUGUUGAUGAACGAUUAUCUUUCAAAAAAUAUUAAUAUGCUUCAGGGUUGCACUGUCAUUGAAUUAGGUUCUGGUGUUGGUAUUACUGGAAUACUUUGCAGCAGAUUCUGCCAUAAAGUUUUGAUGACAGAUCAUAAUGAAGAAGUACUCAAGAUCUUAAAGAAAAACAUAGAGCUGCAUUCAUGUCCUGAGAAUAUUAGUUCUACUUCUCACGGAUUAGUAGCAGAGAAAUUAGAAUGGGGGAACACCGGUCAGAUAAAUGAAAUAUUACAAAAACAUCCUGGAGGGUUCGACUUCAUACUUGGAGCUGAUAUUUGCUUUCAGCAGUCAAGCAUACCUAUGCUUUUUGACACUGUUAAACAGCUCCUGCAGAUUAGAGAGGGAAGAAAGUGUAAAUUCAUUCUAGCCUAUGUAUCAAGAGCUAAGACCAUGGAUUCGAUGAUUAUUAUUGAAGCUUCUAAGCUUCGGAUGCAGAUGAAAGAAGUGCCAGGAACUCGGUGCAUUGUUGGGAAUCUUGAAGGAGUCAUCUUUGAAGCUACUCUUGAGUAAAAGCAUUAACUAUAGUUUUGAGUUUUCAGAAACAGAAACUGCAUGUGACAACAAAAAUUGAUUGGGGGUGAGCAAUGGCUGGUAUUUAUAUUUCCAUUCAAAGCUACUACUCUGCAGACAACAUGGUGUUGAUGACUCAGGAAACCCAUGGACUUGAUAUGGGGAAGGUAAAGAACAUGCAAGAAAGAGAGCCUAUCUUGUAGAGUCUAACUUCCAAAACAUAAUUCUCAAUUUGAAUUUUGAAGGGAUACAUACCAACCACAGAAGAUUUUUAAGGCAGAUUUGUUUGGAUAGAGGGGAGUUUAUCACCCCCAAAGGUUUGCUUGGAACUUUGAGGGUCGGGAGAAUUGAAGAAUUCAUUUUGUUUAUCUUAGAACAUUAUCUCAUUUUCUACC